CUCUCUCCCUCUCUCUCUCUAUAUAUAUAAUAACCAUCCUUUCCUCUUUUCCUCCCAUUUAUUCAUCUUAAUAAUCCCCGAAAAAUGGACUCUCCAGCAACAACCAUGGGAAGCGCUUAUCCAUUACAUCAACCAUAGAGCAUAAAUUUUUCAACAAUGGAGAGAGGCAAGCAUGGCCAAGAGAACUCCACAGAGUAUUUUGCAUGCAAGGAGGAGACACCGAUGUCAGCUAUGCCAAGAAUUCUGAAGCAACUGCAUGUGCUAUUGCCUUAUCAAAGCCACUGUUACAUGAUGCAAUCGCCUCAAUGAAGCUUUUCUGUGGAGCAGAAUCGAUAAGGAUUGCAGAUUUGGGUUGUGCCACUGGUUACAACACAGUCUCCACUGUUGAAUUUGUUGUAGAGAACUUGAGGAAGCGGUACGAGGUUGAACUCAGCCAUGUCCCAGAAUUCGAAGCAUCUUUCUCUGAUCUCCCUUCAAAUGACUUCAACUCACUAUUUCAGUUACUUUUGCCAUCAUUUGACUCUACAGAAAGGCAAUAUUUUGUGGCUGGUGUUCCCGGUUCCUUCUAUGGGCGCUUGUUCCCCUCUAGGAAACUUCACUUGGUUGUUAGUUUGAACUCCUUGCAUUGGCUUUCUCGGAUUCCAGAGGCAGUGGUGAAUAGGCAGUCACCGGCAUGGAACAAAGGAAGAGUGUGGGUUCACGGAGCGAAGGAUGAGGUCGUCGAAGCCUAUGCAAAGCAGUCAGAAGAAGACUUGGAGGCUUUCCUACAAUGCAGAAAGGCUGAGAUCGUUGAGGGAGGGGUCCUCUUCUUAUUAAUGGCAGGGAGGCCUAGCUUGCAGCCUCCUGAGAACCAGUUGAAUGAUGAAGAUACAAGAGCAAAACAUCCCUUCAUCAUUAUUGAUCAAGCUUGGAAAGAAUUGGUUAAUGAGGGAUGUAUCGAAGAGGAGGCCAGAGACAUGUUCAACAUUCCAGCAUAUAUGAGGAGCAUAGAAGAGGUGAAAUCUGCAUUUGAAAAGUGCAAUGGUUUUGAAAUAAAAACCAUCGAGUAUUUGAAACUGAUCGAACAUUCUAAAGAGAAACAAGAGGAUUCGAUUAAGGAUCCCAGUUCGUACGGUCGAGCAAAGGCCAACUUUGUUCAAUCUGGCUUGAGGCCUCUCAUUGAAGCUCACCUUGGUAAAAUCUUCACAGAGAAAUUAUUCAAUAGGUUUGAGAAGAAGUACUCUGAGGAUAUAAACUUGCUGCAUAAGAUUUGCAUCUAUGGUCUUAUCGUGGUGAGUGCAACUAGGAAGUGAGGCCAGUGCUCAUAGUAAUCAUGUGUGAAAGUUCUAGUUGGAAUCUUUGAAUUCUUUUUCAUGUUUUCUUGUUUCCUCAUAUUAAAAAAAAAUGGAAAUUCCUAAUAGUUCAUCACAUAUAUUAGUCAUAAAUUAUAUUCUGAUCUGCAACUUGCAUGUGAUGUAGAAAUCUACAUAUGCAUAUGAUAAUAACAAGCUAGACCACUGCUUAUCUCUUUGGACAGAAGGUAGUUUUCUUCGGUGUUGUGUAAAAGCAGCAUUAUUGAUAGGCUGGGAUUAAACAAUGACAAAGAAAUCUACUACUUCAAGCUGCUACAAAGUGAUAAUUGUGUAAGAAAUCUCAUAGUGAAGUAAAAGCAACGGUGUCCCCUCAAAAGAGUGCAAGACAUGGACAAGCAGCUUCUCAGAUUUGAGUAUUAAAAACCAAACCAGAAAUGUCAUUUCAUCUUCAAUUCACUUUUUC